CGCGCGGCCACCGGCGGCGGGCAGCAGUCACGAAGGAGCCUGCAUUGUCGUCGCGUGAUCCUCACGUCGGCGGUCCGGCGACGUUAUCUCGAGCUAUCGUGUCACGCGUACGACAAUCGCGAGCGUCGCAGCCUCGAUCGCCGUCGUGAUCCUCGUCGCGCGUGGGCCGCGGCUCGUUCUAAAAUGCCACGCAGCAGAUCACAGAUGACUACAAUGAAUGGGAAGAGGCCCUCCUCAUUACCCUCCAGACAUCAGCCAGAGACACUGGCGCAACACUUUGACCUGAUCAAAUAUAUCUAUGAUUCGUGGAAUUCUGUAUCUAGAGAACUAGAUAUGUGUCACAAUCAAGCACACAGUAACUCCUCCAAUUAUAGAAGUGGAGCGUCAGUUACAUAUUACCAAGAACGCGAGCCGAACCCGCAGUUGAAAGAUUUCGAGCCGUUUAAUUUGGAGGCAUGGUGGGGACAGCGUGUUGUGCAAAGUAUUACUAGGAAUAAUUCCUAGUGCCAGGCCCAACAUGUCGACUAUAAUCGGACAUUUUCAAACAGACAUAAGAAACAAAAAAGAUAAAUUGCGAGUUAAAUUCAAUUUUUGUUUCUUUCUGAGAUUUUUUUGUACAUUUUUAAUUGACAAUGACAUUUUAGAGUUGGGAUUCAAGGUGCGAAAGCACAUAGAAAGGCAUAAACAGUAAGAUUGAAACAUUGGGUCGCUCGAACAAUCAAAGCAGAAAGUUCAAAAUUCACAUCGACACUCACAUCGCAUAGUUUGAUCUUACUGCUGUGACGUAUUUGAGUAAUUUGAGUAAUAGAAAGAAAAUGGUGGGUCAACGCAAAAUUUAAAUCCCAAUUCUGUUUUAGAUAUGUGACGUACGUAUUUAUUUGAAUGACGUUAUUUAAAUUUUUCAAUAAAAGUGCGGUAAGAAGGAAUGCAAAUUGUAAUGAGAUAAAUAUGAAAAAAAUGCACCAAACAUUUAAUACGAACGCUAAAAAUACGACAACAGAGAGACAUAGGCAUUACUAUACGAAAACAUUCCUUUUAUGACAAUUGUGUUUGAAUGAGCUAUAUUCAACUUCUUUUACUUUUUUAAUUUAAAAGUAUACAUUAAACGGAAAUAGAAGAAACUUGUUAUAUUAUUGUCUUUGUAAAACUGGAAGGAGGCGUUUUAUAAUUAAGGAAAUUACGUGAAAUUAUUUAUUUUAGUCAUAAAAUAAUACGACACAUAGAUACCUUGUAUAACACUCUUUACAUAUAUACAAUUAUACAUAAUGUAAUUUAUAUGAAUUGUAUAAAUUUUAUAUGUACAAUUAUAUAUAAAAUUUAUAUAUAAUAUAAAUUUGUAAGGCAAUGAUACUGUAUUUCCACGUGAUUUAAAGAGAAGCCGAAGAUAAUUAUAUGUUUUUUUUAUCUCCGUGCAAUGUUGGGCGAAGUAAGUUUGUUGCUCAACAGCUGCACAAAGCAUUUAAAGAGUGCUCAAGCUUGUUUGAUAAAACUUUCAUAGGCGAAUUUUAGGAAUUGUACCUUAGGAUAUACACGUAAAAAAAACAUACUUUUUCACACGUUGUAUUUCACAUUUCCAAGAAGAUUUUUCACUUUCACGUCCAUAAACUGACUGCGCACUUUAAUACGUAAAUUAUAAAUAAAAGCGUUUUUCACCCGUCGAAGAUUUUAUUAAUAACGAUACGAAGUAGACGCUGCACUUGAAAUUUAUCGCAAUGUGAAAUAGCAUAAUGGUUGUUGCGAUUUUAAAUAUAGGUACAACACAUAUACUCUCAUCAUUGUAUACAUAUGUAUGUACAUCUAUGCGUGUAAGUUACUGUGUAAGUUUAAUCAGAUAAUGUUUCUAAUGACAAAACAAUAAUGAGCAAUGUCUUUCUACGCA